UCGUGUUUAUUGGAGCAUAAAUCACCGCUUAUCAUUGGCCAGUAUUUCACGCGUUUUACGAUUCAACGCACCUCGGCGAUUUACGGAAAAAGUCGGAAGAAACUCGGUGUGACGUCACACCCAGUACUCAUUCGAGAAUCGCCAUAUUGGAAACAUUGAAAAAAAAUAUCGUACAGUAAUUUUUAGACUUAUUCAGCGUAAUUGGUUGGAUUUAAGCAAUGGGAGGCGCGAGAUGUGUUGUUGGAGGAUGCAGCAAUAAAAGAAGUGAGCGGGUUAGUUUACAUCAAUUCCCUAAGGACACGAACAUUCGACAACAAUGGGUGAGGGCUAUCAAGUGUACAGGAACGAAUGUCUCUAGAGCUGACUGGAAUGGACCUAGUUCUUCAAAAUCAGCACAAGCACAAUUGGUAUGCUCUGAACAUUUUGAAUUCACGUGCUUUACCCUCACCACAAGGAUGCAUUGGCAGCAGGGAUUACCAUACAAGGCUGCCCUUACUGACGAAGCGGUGCCUACCCUGUUCGGUGUACAGAUACAGGAGUAUAAGAAUAGGGUAGAGAAUCCAAGUUCUAGAGGAGCCUUUAGAAAACGUGAAUUGGAAAGAAUUAUUGGAGAAUAUGAAGUCACACCAACUGGACAUGCUGAGCAACCCCUACCAGUCAGACCAGCACUACUUCAGCCCUCCACUGGACAAGUGAAAGAGACGCUAACGAUACAUAGUGAUGCCGAAUUACCUGAGAUUAGUGAAAAUGGGCCAUGUGUCAGUGAGAACAAUCAGGAGUCUGAGGACAGUUUAUCAGUACAGACAGAAAGAGCAAAUCUUCCUAUAAAGACAUCUGAAGAAAACAAGAGUCAGUGCCCACCACAAUGUGCCCAGGACGAGGUUUCAGACUUGAUCAAGGAGGAUGGUAGAUGUCUUUGUAUAAAGCCCGAAACAACUUCUACAGGGACCCAGGUAAAGCCUGGAACAACAGUUAAGGGAGUUCAAGUCAGCAGAAAAGUUCAAGUCACAAAUGCUGUGAAAGCUACUCAGACUUUGCGAAGACAUACAGUUAGGAUGGUCUCUUCAUCUAGCCAGUAUAAUGUUAGCGAUUGUAGUGAAUGUCUCCCUGACAGAGAUGAUACACUCCAUUGUUUAACACUGUCAACAUCUAAUAAGAAAGUUACCAUAUUCUCACCACUGAACACGUCAUUCCAGUCAGCAUCAACUGUAUACAUGGAUGACCAAGAAAAUGACCCAGACUACAUGCCAGAUGAUUCCUUUCACAGUGACACUGAUGAAGAAUGCCAUAAACAAGAUGACCCAGUAAAGCAACGAAAGUUUCUUGUGUUUGAAGACAAUCUUAUGGAACUUUUUAAUUCUUGUCAAGUUUGUGGUCAUAAAACCGAAGCACAAGUAAGCCAGGUCCAGGGUUCAUAUGUUGCGGUGCGUCAGAUAUGUGACUGCGGUCAUACAAGGCGCUGGGAUUCUCAGCCAAAAGUUAAUGGAGUGCCUGCUGGUAAUAUUCUAUUGAGUGCUGGGAUAUUGUUUUCAGGAUGUUCCCCAACAAAGUUCCUACGUGUGUUUAACUUUAUCAAUAUUAUGUGUGUCACAGUGAAUACAUUUUUUGACCAUCAGAAAAGAAUUCUUUGGCCUGUCAUAGAAAGAACUUGGAAUAACUACUGUGUUAGAAUGAUGAGAACAUUAAGAGAAAGAGGAGGAGAAGUUGUUGUGGCCGGUGAUGGAAGAGCAGACAGUCCUGGUCAUUGCGCAAAGUAUGGUGUCUACUCACUAAUUGACAUGAACUCUGGUCAAGUCAUUGGUCUCCAUCUCGUACAGAGUAAUGAAGUAAAAUCAAGCUACCAUAUGGAGCUUGAAGGAUUUUAAAGAGAGCUGUUUCUGCAUUAAAUGGGGCUGGAAAAAAUAUUCUAGAAAUUAUAACAGAUCGCCACAUGCAGAUACAGAAAUGGAUCAGAGAGAACAUGCCAUCUACAGUCCAUAGUUUUGAUGUGUGGCAUAUUG